AUGUCUCAGUUAUUCUCUACUCUUCUCUUCGGGGAUAACGAAAAAUUUGAGUCUUUCUUGGGUGACGAGCUUAAGGGUUUCAUGGGGCGACUAUCAGGUUCCCAAGAGUCCUCCCCUGCUUUACGCUUACCGCUACUGGUUUUGAUGGGCAACGAGGAAGAUGCUUUGGCGAUGGUGGAAUUAGCUACUGAUGAAGAUGGUCCAAAUACACAGCCCGCCAGUGCCCAACUCUUUGAAAAGCUCGAGGUGAUCAGAAUCGAAGAAUCGGGUUUGGUGUGCUCGAUUUGCUUGGGCCAUUUGUCGAUAGGGUCGGAAGCUAGGCAGUUGCCAUGUUCUCAUGUCUACCAUGGCAACUGCAUCAUGGAGCGGCUGAAGAAGAGUAAGAGUAAGACUAAGACAUGCCCUCUUUGUCGAUUGUGUUGA